UUCAAUUUUGGCAUGAAUCAUAGGACAUCCCCCUACCCCGCUGGGGAUUACUGUCUUCUGUGCAGAAGUGAACGGAAGGACGCUUCAUUCUCAGAGAGUGGGAUCAAGACUGCGAGUAAACUGGCGCUCUCCAUGGCUCCCAAGGGCAACAACGUGCUGCACCUGCCGCUGUGGGUGUGCCCAGACUGCCGGCGGACCGUGGAGAAGGAGGGCAGGCAUGGUCUCGACCAGACCACGGGCCAAGAUUUUCUCCUGCACAACCCACUUGGAGGAUCGCAGCCCGAGGCAGGAGGUGGUGGCAGACUGGCUCUGGGCACUCAGACACUGCCCUCCACGGGGCUCAGCAACUCCAGCCCCACCGACGCAGCCUGCACCUGUGAGGCCUGCAGUGAGCACAGAGACGUCUCCGCAGAGACAGAGCGAGAGUCUCAGCAGCUGCAGAAUUACUGGUCAGAAGUGCGCUACAUGGUGCGCUGCAUAUACCGCCAGGCCGGGACGCCGCUGGCGGACGACCAGGACCAGUCUCUUGUUCCUGACAGAGAGGGCAUGAGGGAGCUGGUGGACAGGCUGUGUGAGAGGGACCCCUACCAGCUGUACCAGCGCCUGGAGCAGCAGGCCAGCGAGUACGUGCUGGAGAUGAAGGCUCGGCUCCUCAGACAGCUGUCGGCCGCAGCCAAGGUGAAAGCGCCCUCUGCCGUCCAGGGCCCGCCCCAGGCUCACCAGUUCGUCUCCCUGCUGCUGGAGGAGUACGGCGCCCUCUGCCAGGCAGCUCGCACCAUCAGCACCUUUCUGGGCACUCUGGAAAAUGAGCACUUGAAAAAGUUCCAGGUGACAUGGGAGCUGCACAAUAAGCACCUGUUUGAGAAUCUGGUCUUUUCGGAGCCACUUCUCCAGAGCAACCUGCCAACCCUGGUGUCACAGAUCAGGCUGGGCACCACCACACAUGACACCUGCAACGAGGACACGUACAGCACCUUGUUGCAGCGCUACCACCGCUCGGAGGAGGAGCUGCGGCAUGUGGCCGAGGAGUGGCUGGAGUGCCAGAGGAGGAUUGAUGACUACGUGGACGAGCAGAUGACCAUGAAAACCAAGCAGCGCAUGCUAACAGAGGACUGGGAGCUGUUUAAACAAAGACGGUUCACCGAGGAGCAGUUAACUAAUAAGAAAGCAGUCGCUGGUGAGAACCACUUCACAGACACCAUGAGGCACAUGCUGUCGUCACGCCUGAGCCUGCCUGACUGUCCCAACUGUAACUACCGGAGAAGAUGUGCUUGUGACGACUGUAGCCUCUCCCACAUCCUCACUUGUGGCAUCAUGGACCCCCCCGUCACUGAGGACCUCCACAUUCACCAGCUGCCACUCCAGAUGGACUCUGCUCCUGACUACCUCUCUGAGAUGCGGCCACCCAGCGUGUCCUCGGCAAGCUCGGGGUCGGGCUCCAGCUCUCCUGUUACGAUUCAGCACCAUCCUAGGCUCAUCCUCCCAGAGAGUGGCUCUGCACCCACCUUUUGUAGUGAUGAUGAAGACGACGCACCGUUAUCGGCUAAAUUUGCUGGCAUUUACCCAUUGAGUAACUAUGGCGAUGCCGAGGUUGUGGCCAACAUGAAUGGAAUUCACAGCGAAUUAAACGGUGGCGGGGAAAACAUGGCCCUGAAAGAUGAGUCCCCUCAGGUCAGCAGUACCAGCAGUAGCUCUUCAGAGGCCGACGACGAGGAAGCAGAUGGCGAGAGUAGUGGGGAGCCACCGGGAGUCCCGAAGGAAGACGUAGCGCUAGGAAACGGGAGCCUCGGCAAAGAAGAAAGCAAAGCGGAGAGUCCACCCCCAUCUUACCCAACACAGCAGGCUGAACAAGCUCAGAACACUUGUGAAUGUCACGUCUGUAAACAAGAAGCGUCUGGACUGACGGCGUCAGCAACAACGGCGGGCGCCUUCCCUCCCGGCCACCAGUUCCUGAGCCCUGAGAAGCCCACACACCCUGCACUUCACCUGUACCCCCACAUCCAUGGACACGUACCUUUGCACACCAUCCCUCAUCUGCCGCGCCCUCUUAUCCACCCCACCUUGUAUGCUGCACCCCCGUUCACGCACAGUAAGGCUUUACCGCCAGCACCUGUUCAGAGUCACACAAAUAAGCCUCAGGUAUUCAGUGCGCCUCUUCAAGACCAUAUUUACCCGAGCUGUUUUGGGAGCACUCCAGAGUGGAAUAGUUCUAAGUUUAUAAGUCUGUGGGGAUCAGAAGUGAUGAAUGAUAAGAACUGGAAUCCUGGCACUUUCUUGCCAGAUACAAUUUCUGGGGGUGAUCUACUAGGGCCGGCGCUCUCAGAAACAAGACCUGAAGCCCUUCCACCUCCAUCUAGCAGCGACACACCUGCCGUCUCGGACAGUAAAGAGAAAAAAAACGCUGCAAAAAAGAAAUGCCUGUACAAUUUCCAAGAUGCUUUCCUGGCAGCCAACAAAGUUGUCAUGGCGACCUCAUCUGCCACAUCCUCUGUCUCCUGCACGGCCACCACAGUGCAGUCCAGCAACAGCCAGUUCAAGGUGUCGUCCAAGAGACCGCCUUCCAUAGGCGAAGUCUUCCACGGCAUCAACAAGGAGGACCACAGGCACACGGCCCCGGCUGCACCCAGAAGCAGCCCCACGGGGCUCACGCCGCUUCCUCCUCUCUCUCCUGCUGGGCCAUCUCCGGCCACCACACCUCAUCUUGCCAAUCUCGCAGCCUCCUCAUUCCCCAAAACUGCUACUCCAGCUCCUGGCUUUGUGGAUGCUCGCAAGAACUUCUGUGCGGCCACUGUGGCGCCUCCGCCCCCCGCCACAGACGGCCCCCUCAGUGCACCCCCCAGUGUGUGCAGUGACCCCGACUGUGAAGGGCACCGCUGUGAAAACGGGGUCUACGAUCCACAGCAGGAUGACGGGGACGAGAGUGCGGAUGAGGAUAGCUGCUCUGAGCACAGCUCCAGCACCUCGACCUCCACUGCCCAGAAGGAGGGCAAGUACUGUGACUGCUGCUACUGCGAGUUCUUCGGGCACGGCGGGCCUCCGGCUGCACCAACAAGUAGAAAUUAUGCAGAGAUGAGGGAAAAGCUUCGCUUACGUCUGACCAAGAGGAAAGAAGAGCAGCCUAAAAAGGCGGAUCCGAUCUCGGAAAGGGAGAGUGUCGUUGACCAUCGGAAGGUGGAGGACUUGUUACAGUUCAUAAACAGCUCAGAGACCAAGCCAGUGAGCAGCACUCGGGCAGCCAAGCGCGCAAGACACAAGCAAAGAAAGCUGGAAGAGAAAGCCCGCCUGGAGGCCGAGGCGCGGGAGCGGGAGCACCUGCAUGUCCUGGAGGAGCAGCGGAGGCGGGAGGAGGAGGAGGAGCAGCUCAAGGAGGAGCUGCAGCGGCUUCAGGAACUGCAGCAGCUGAGGGCUGUGAAGAAGAAGAAGAAGGAGAGGCCCGGGAAAGACUGCCCCAAGCUGGGCCUGCUGGCUCGGAACUGCCAGGCAGCCGCAGAGCCUGGGCCGCACUCUGAGAGCAUCCCCAAUGGCACCCUCGAACACAGUGACGAUCCAGAGACCUCAUCUCGCUCCCCUUCCAGACACGAGAGCCACACGGAGCCAAGGCCAGCACUGGACGCCACAGCCCCCGCCGGCACCAGAGACUCGAGGCUCCUGGCCCAGAAGGAGGCCAGUGGGAAGCAGCAGGAGUCCCUGUCCUUCCUCUUGGAUGUCAUGCACCAGCACAGAGAAGGGGACAGCACAGCAAAGUUCAGGCAGGCUGGCAAGGCCAGCGGCGAGCCGGGGAAGAAGCCUGGGGAGUGCCCCAGAGUCCUGGAGGCUGCUCCCAGGGCCAGGCCCCAAACGGACCCCAAGGCUAAAGCUUUGGACCUCGCUGCCCUCGUGGAGCACAAGAGGGAGGAGAAGAAGGUGACCUGUAACAACAAAAAGCAGCUGAACCACAUCAAGGACGAGCGGUCCCCGGUGGCGCCCACUGAGCCCGCUUCUCCCGGCGAGUGUCAGCAGAACGGCAAGCUGGUCCUGGCCGAGUCGCCUCAGCCGAAGGGCAAGAGCAAGAAGAGCAAGAAGAAGAAAGCCGACAGAGCCGGCAGCUCAAUUGAUGAUGUCUUCCUUCCUAAAGAUAUUGACCUCGACAGCGUGGACAUGGAUGAGACGGAGAGGGAAGUGGAGUACUUCAAAAGAUUCUGCCUGGAUUCCGCACGACAGACUCGGCAAAGACUGUCCAUCAACUGGUCCAAUUUUAGCUUGAAAAAAGCCACGUUUGCUGCCCACUGA